AGAAUGCUAAAUCAACAUAUGAUAAACUAGGAAAAGAGAGAGAUUUUCAUAAAAUGCAUCAUCAUAGAGUUUAAUAGGAGAAAAGACAAAUCAAUCAAGAUUUAGAUAAAUUAAAGGGAUUAAAAUGAAACUAAAUAUGAAGAACUAUAAUAAAAGUAUUCCCAUUCAAUUAAAGAAAAGAUGUUAUUAAAAUUAGAGAGAGAUCAAUUGAUUGCUAAGAAUGAUGCUCUUUAAAGAAAUAUAUAAAAUAUAAUCAAUCAAAUUUAAUUAUAUUUAGGUCGAUAAGAAAAUAAAUAAGGAAAAAGAACCAGGGAGUCCAACAGAUAAAUUACCUAUAGUAGAUAUAAUGUAUAUAAUUAAAAUAUGUAAUAUAAUUAUUCAUUUAAAAAUAUUGAAAAUAUCUAAUAUAAUUAUUAAUUUGAAAAUAUUAAAACAAAUAAAAAAAAGGUUAAGCAAAAGCAAAUAUACCAUUUCCCCCGAUGAUCAUCCUAAUCCUUAUACAGGGAUUUAAAUAGAACCUCAAAAUUAUAGGAAUGCGAUAUUAAAUAAAAUAUAUAAGG